CUGCUAUACAGGGUCUUCUGUAGUCAAAACCCUUAGCUUUCCCGCCAUUAUCCAGUAAAUAAUCAAGAAGCACCGGUAGAAGCCCUAGCUUCUAGAUUAGCCGCGUAAGCCUGUCUGGUCUUACGCUCGAGAUUUAUGACUGUCCCAGUGCAUCGUGAUAAUGGCGACUGUCCGUUCUAGAGACAUACGAGAGAUUGUUGAGAAGCUCUCUUCUGAUAAAGCCAAAGCUCGCGAAGAGGGGAUCAAGUUGCUGAAUACUUGGUUAGAAGGAGAACGAUCAUUUAACUUCUGCAAAUUUCUUGGGCAGAGUUCUGCAAUGCUUAGACCAGAUGAAAUUCCUCACUCUGAAACAUGGCCUUUUCUUAUUUCUUUGCUCAUCCAAUGUACUUCGUUGGAAAUAUCCUUAAGUAAGCGGCAAAUGCCAAAAAUGAUUUAUGCAAAGACUCUUAGAGUGGUUGUGCAACGAGCAGAAGAUGCUAAGUAUUCAGGUAAAAUGCUGCCUUUAUCACAUGUGGUUAAAUCCCUUUUCAACCACGUUUGGGAUGUCUUGAGCAAUGUCCCAAGCUUUCAGUCAGAAUAUGGGAUUAUCCUUCGGCAUCUAUUGGCGGUCAAAGAUUAUAGUUUGCAAAUGAAGAAGCGCAUUUACCGAAAUUUGGUGCUUCUUUACAUUGAGAAUGUUGAAACAAGCUUGAACGGGAAUAUUAUUCAUCACAUUUCGAAGGAGGAGGUUUUUCGGUACAUCCUGACACUUCACUCACUUCUUGAAAAUCCUCCUGGUGACUACCCUAAUAAUGUCAGGGAAGACAUUAUCAAGGGGUUUGUCAAGAUAUGCUCUUAUAUCAGGGAUGAAGGAAAGAUUUCACGCAAGCUUGUUGAGUGUAUUAAUAUAUAUUUGUUGAAUGAUGGCCCAAAUUUGGGCUGUCGAUUGUUGGAGAUCCAUAAGGCAUUGCGGCAGUUUGUGUUCCGCUUCUGGCUGACAACACACGAUCGAGUUCUUAAGGAUGCACUUAUGUUCUAUGCAAAGUUACAGUUAAAUUUACUGAGGAGUGUUGAUGAUGAAUGUUCAUUGGUAGAACAACUUCUGGAUGUGGUUUGUAAAGAUCUUGAUCAGGGCAGUAUGUCUAGUUCUUCCAUUCCUUGGAGUGAUGGUAAUAAAGACGAUAGAUUUGGAGCCUUGAGUAGCUCACACUGUGGAUUGGUGGAACUUGCAGCUGUUAUAUUUUAUAGGGUAGUCACUGAACGCUCUGCAAUUGUUUCUUGA